UCAUGACUUAUUAUUAGUUGUGGCUUGUGUGGUUUUCGAAUCAUUUACUUUGCUUACCUCGGUAUAAUCAACAAGGAAAUAAAUUCUGACAAGUGUGCCAGAUUUUCUGUAACAUAGUUGGCCCUCUCUGACCUGUCAUUUUAGUUUUUUCUUUGUUGCUUUGUAUCAGUGAACACACAGACUCAUUCAUCAGUCAUUCACUGAGAACACAUUUUAAAAUCAGUAAUACAAUUAAUAUACUAAUAUCAAACAAUUGUGGCAAAACAGAUUAAAUGAAUAGUCAAUAGUUUAAAAAAGAAAAUAAAGCUAUUAUUUACGAGGGGAUUCAAGAAGCUCUAGAAAAAAUAGUAAAUGAGAUUUAACCCUGUAAAGGUAUGUACAUGUUAAUAAAACACAACGAGCUGUUGUUACUUUCAAAUUCAGCUUUACAAAGUGAAUUCUCAGCUUCACUGAAAACAAAUCCCUGUGUAUCUGUCUAAAUUUACCUGAUGCGGAGCGAACAGAAAAUACUUUUCUGUUCUUUCCUAGUUAACCUAACGCCACUACGUUUAAUUUUUUUUAAAUUUUAACUGUCAUUGACCCGAACUAAGGUUUUCGGGUUCGGCUUUUAAAAAGCAAACCCGAGGCCUCGUCGAGCUUCCGUUUGUUAUAACGUAGGACGCUGUAACACAAGGCAGCCGUUUGUGGACCGUUACAGGGCCGUUAGCUGAGCUGGCUAACGUACUGUAUGGGGAUAACGAUGGUUAACAGCUAGCUUAACGGUUCGUUGAUACUGUAAUUAUUUCUCGAACCCGCCCUGAAUGUUUCUGUAUUUAACCUCGUCGAAUGGACUUUCGUGAAGAUGAACGGGCUUGAAAAUGCGUCCGGACACAGAAAUGCCGGUGAAACGGACCGUGUCGUGAUUCACCGGGCGGGCAGCGACCCCGCCGUUACUGGCGACCUCAGGGCUCUGCACAACCUGACGGCCCUGGAGAAGCACUGCCGGGUGUCCCCUUACUUCGGCAGAGUCCAGGCCGAGAUCCAGCCAUACAUGAGGAGGAUACUGGCAGUGUGGAUGUUUCAGGUGUGUGAGGAGCAGAAAUGCGAGGAGGAGGUGUUUCCACUGGCGGUGCAUUACGUGGACAGCUACCUGGGCCGUUUUGCCAUUGAAAGGUCCAACCUGCAGCUUUUAGGGGUUGUUUGCAUGUUCCUGGCCUCGAAAAUGAGAGAGACUGUCCCCCUGACUGCCAGCAAGCUUUGUAUCUACACAGACAACUUCAUUUCAGUCUCAGACAUCCUGCAGUGGGAGGUGGCAGUGGUGUCCAGGUUAGACUGGUGUCUGGCCUCUGUGGUACCAUCUGACUUCCUGGAGCCAAUUCUUCACACUCUCCCCUUUGUUCGGCCCCUCCACCUUCAAGUCAUGCGCAGGCAUGUUCACUCCUACAUUGCUCUGGCUGCCACUGACUGCAGGUUCUCUGUGUUCUUGCCCUCCACUGUUGCAUGUGCCUGUGUGAGCAUUGCCUUGCAGAGGCUAAAGUUAGGGGACGCUGCUGUCUCCUCUGAUUCAGCGAUGAAGUUUUUGGCCAACCUUUUGGCCAUUGAUCUGAACUCAGUCCUCCUCUGCUGUGAGCAGCUAGGGAGUGUGCUGGAGCUCAGCCUGCCCUCCUGUUUCCAGGAUAGCGUUUGCGGAUCGAGAGCUCACACUUCAGAGAUCAGCCACACCCCUGCUGACAUUCAGGAUAUCGUAUUGACACCGGUGACACCCCAGGAAAUCAAGCGAAACACUCCUCCCUGCCAUGAAUAGAGAGGAUAAUAUUAAAUGCACAGCCAUGAGAAAGAACAAGAAGCCUAAAUACCAGGCAGAAUGGGUUUAAAUGCCAUUCAUUCUUGAUCUUAGUUGUUCUUCGCAUGUUGAGAUUCAGAGAUUCCUCUGUGAUACUCGUAGAGCUACUACAGUUUGAGAAAUUAUUGAGAUUUGUUUUAGAGAUCCAUCCUGUUGCUGUUUGUUUUAAAGUAUUUCACAAUUAAAGCAGCUUUGAAAUAUAA